UUUUGACACAGCGAUAAUUGAUGAUUCAGGCAAAGUUUUUUUAUACUCUCUGCAUUGUGGUCUUUGUGCUCUGUAUGGCAAAACAUUUUCUCACCAGAUGCUGAGGAAUACCUGUACAACUACAGCGAUCAGGAAGAUGAGAGGUUUGACGAGGAGAUUCAGCAGCAGGAGAAUCCAAUCUAUGGGAAUAUAUGUACAAACCCAGACGAGCCGGACCCUGAUCAGGAGCCAGAGGCAGUAAAUGAGAUGUGCUACGAACAGAUGACGGCCCACCGCACAAAACACAAGCCCCCAGAUGUCUCAUAUGCCUCGCUGGACUUGAGAGUGGCCAAGAAGCACAAGAAGAAACGGAAGUACGAGAGGAACCAGGCCGCUGGUGGCAGCAGCCAGACCUACCAGGGAGAGCCGCCCCAUGGAGAGGCUUCGUCCCCGGGCAGCCUGGCCGUGGAGGAGGCGGAGGAGCAGCCAGCUCUACCCUCGCGCAACAGUAGCCUGAACAUGUCCCGCCACAGCAUCUAUCUCAACAGCCAGCAGCUGGCCCAAGAGACACAGGAGAUGGAGAGGGAGAGGGAGAAUGAGUGGGGGACGGAGAGAGGGGCCGGGAGGGAAAGGGAAAGGGAGAGAGGGAUUGAGAGAGAAAUGGAA